CUCAAAGUCGCUCGCCUCUUACAUGACCCGCCACAAGGCAUUGAAGCGCUCGCGCCUCAUUCCUAUCUUGUCCGGCGCUUCGCCAGUCAGCGCGGAUGCAGUUCUUCCCAUGGAGCUGUGGUAUAUCGCGCUGACGUAUUGUCUCCCCGCAGCUCUUCUUGCUGCCAGAGGUGUUUGCCGCAUUUUCCGUAGCAUCAUCGAUGCAAGGCUGCUUUUCUACUGCAUGCAUAUCGUACGUCGUACGUAUAGGGAGGGAGGGACGAGACGUAGCACUUGCACGGUGGUGGAACUUCGAGAUUAAGAUCGAAUCAGCGACGCCGCGGGGAUGAUCGCCUCAGACUAUCGUAGUAUUCUAGUAUCUAGUACAUAGAAAGUAUCGUUCAGGCUGGGGUUUUUCCAUCAGCAAGGUACUCGCGGGUCGAAGGAAAGAUACGCACCCGAAGAUUGGCCUUCCC